CAUGACUUGCGGCCACAACGACCGAUUGUUCUCCCAACUGCGUUGACUACUUAGGACAUCCCCAAUCAACAGUUGCAAGACGUUUCCAGAAUGAAUCCUGCCCCAUAGCCGCGCUAGUUGUCGCUUCUGCCCUGCCCCUCUCACAGUGCCCUUCUUAUUAUUUUCGCCUUCGACGAUGUAUCAGCCUCAAACAGGGAGGGCUCCGCCUAGACAGUCGCGCCAGAUACCUCGCCAGUUUCCUUACCCACUGCGCAAUGUGCGCGUGCCCUAUAAAAGUGGCUACCAACAAGCUGCUGGUGGCGAUGUGAGAGCACAGAGACAAGGUCCGGUCACGUCCGCGGCGCAAGGCAAAAACAGCCCCAACAGCAGUUCCAUCAACCCCCAAAUGCUGUCAGCGUCCUCCAUAACAAGCUCUCGAAAAGUCUCUGAGACGCAAGAAGACGAUUCUGAAUUGAGGACCUACAUCUCCGAUGGAUUCGGCGCCGUCCAACACGCCCUGUUCGACCUCACCGAACAAAUCGGCCAUUUGUCUGCUAGGAUGGAAGAUUACCUCAAGAUACUCGAGUCAGCCGGAGCAUCAGUUGUGCCGGAGGGCUUGGAGACGGAUGACCUGGACCUGGGAGACAUGGCCAAUCUCGUCAACUAUUAACCAAGACACAAUCGAGCCGAGCUCGGGAGGAUGGGGACAUCUGCCAUACGACCGGCUCCAGGCACCUGUCCAUGUCGAUUACUACAAACGGAGACGAGGAUCGACCUAUCAUGUGCACAUGCCCCUCCGUAUGCAAAGACAGGGCAUUUUGGACGCUGAGCCUACUGGCGACGGGGCCUCCAUGUAACCGCAGACACUCAAUGGGGUGCUGAUUCUCGGUGACCAAAUA